AGCGCGCUGCGUUGCGCUGAGCCCAUGGAGUAGUAGUACGAGUAGUAGUGGGGGUGCAGCUCUCCGGCUCCUUUCUUCUCCCUCUCCUCCUCAUUCUUCGUACAUGGAGUCGCCUUUUCUCUGGAUUAUUGCUUCAUCCCAUCGCGAGUGAGCUGCUGUGAAUCCUGAGAACACAAGUCUCCCGACAGGAGACAAGAUGGCGUCCAACAACACCCUGCGCAGCUACUCCAUCAUCCCAUGUUUCAUCUUCGUCGAGCUCGUCAUCAUGUCCGGCACGGUGCUGUUGGCCUACUACAUGGAGUGCACGGACCUGUUCAGCGUGCACGUGCAGGGCUUCUUCUGCAACGACGCCGAGCUGAUGAAGCCGUACCCGGGAACCGAGGAGUCCAGCUUCAUCCCGCCGCUCAUCCUGUACUGCGUGGUGGCUGCUGCUCCCACAGCCGUAAUCUUCAUCGGAGAGGUGUCCAUGUACGUGAUGAAGUCGACGAGGGAAGCUCUCCUGGCCCAGGAGAAGACCAUCGUGACAGGAGACUGCUGUUACCUCAACCCCCUCAUCCGCCGCAUCAUUCGCUUCAUCGGUGUGUUCGCGUUCGGUCUGUUUGCCACCGACAUCUUCGUCAACGCCGGCCAGGUGGUGACCGGAGGCCUCUCGCCGUACUUCCUGUCCAUCUGCAAGCCCAACUACACCGGCACCGAGUGUCGCUUCAACCACCAGUUCAUCGUCAACGGCAACAUCUGCACCGGAAACCCCGUCGUGGUGGAGAACGCCCGCCGCUCGUUCCCGUCCAAGGACGCGUCGCUGAGCGUCUACUCGGCUGUUUACCUGACGAUGUACAUCACCAGCACCAUCAAGACCAAGUCCAGCCGCCUGGCCAAGCCCGUGCUCUGCCUGGGGACGCUGUGCACGGCCUUCCUCACCGGCCUCAACCGGGUCUCGGAGUAUCGAAACCACUGUUCGGAUGUGGUGGCUGGAUUUAUACUGGGAUCAGCCGUCGCAUUGUUUCUGGGUAUAUGUGUCGUGAACAACUUCAAAGGUGUCCACAGCGCAGCAGCUAAACAGAAGACCGAGGACUACCGCGGUCUGCCUCUGAUGACUUUCCCCCGUGUGGAGAGCCCACUGGAGACCCUCAGCGCACAGCAAUGACACAUGACAGGCAUGACAUUUGCACUACAGCCCUCCUCCUCCUCCUUGCCAGAUGCACUACGACUCACACUGAGCACUCCUCACACCAGCUGACGAUGACUUUCCUUCUACCUUUUGUUCAUUUCCACUCCUUUCCCCCUCUCCUUCCUGUCGCCUUCCAUUUUAUUUCUUUCCUUGUCUCUCUCAUUUCCCCCCUUCCUUCCUCCCUUCCUUCCUUCCUUCCUCCCACGUCCGUUUCCAGAACCACUCGGCAUCGAUGACGGAGGUCACAUGACUAAGGGGGCAGCACCGGGUCACGUUUGCGUCUCCACAGCACUUCCAGACACAAUGACGAGGACGCAUGCCACGUGGCUCCGAAUGCUUACGACAGAAAAAUAAACACUCCUGAUACAUCUGUUUAAAAAAUCACCUGGGGGGACAAAACCCACCAUGUUUGUAAUGGUUUGCAUCCAGUUGGGCUCUGCUCACUCCAACCUGCCGAGGCACACAGACCGCAUCCAAAAAUCUCACACGGCCGACUUAAGCACACACCGUUUCUCCGGGUAUUUCAAAAAUCAUUGGAAACAUGGGACAGUUUUUCCCUCCAAGGUGCGCUGUUUGUAGUUAGAGGACAAUGUUUUGUACAUUUUGUAUGAGCGAGUGCUGUAGCCUAUCCUGACGAUGUUAAAACCUGCACACCUCCUGUCAGCUGACCCACCCUGUUUUACAUCACAUCCUGUCAGGUGAGAUGCCUCGUCCGUCACCGCAUCUUCUCCCACUCAGUCUGAAAAAUCUGCUAUGGAAAAAAUAUCGAUGUUGUUGUUCUGUGGUGUUUGUCAUUUGUACAGAAAACAAAAAAAAAGAAAAGACAGAAUCCUUCUUUUUAUUAUCUCUCUCUGUACAUUAAUGGACCGCGUCAGGUCGUAUUUUUUAAGGAUUUUUGUUAAUCUGUAUGAAUAUUAUGAUCCAUUUGGACCUGUUUGCCUGCUGUAAACCUGGAUAUGUUUUGGUAUCAGUUUAGGUGUUUUGGGGGAACAGCUCCUCUUCCCUUCGGAGGAAAUGCCAAGGAAGAGUCAAUGACAUCCUCCGAGUCAGAAAAUGGGGUUUGGCACCCUGCGGGGGGGCCGUGUUUAUCAGCCACAGUGUACAGUAUGAAAAUGUGAUUGGUUGAAAUGCUCGCUACGAGUGUGUUUCACCCCAAUUUCUCGAUUCACUGGGAUGUUAAUAGGAAUCUCUAAGAGGUUCAGCGGGGCUAGUCCGUGCCAGAUGCACCUGAAGAUUUCACUGCUAUCAAUUAAAUUUAAACAGAAAUUCCAAUGGAAGACGUUAAAAACAGAGACAAACAGAGCGAUUGGCUCGAGGCCCGGCUAGCCCCCUUCCAGUGAAACCAGUGAAACCAGUGACUCCUGCUUCACUUUUCCUCCUGGAGGCGCCCCUCCCUCUCCCCGACCCACCAGUGGAUUGUGAUGCAAUGUUGUGACUCCAUUUCCUAUUGGAAGAUAUGCCCAGCAUGAAGAGAGAAGAUGUUUUAUAGAUAUUACUCAUUAUCAUUGUGAUUAUAAUUGUCUUUUACUUUGAGAGCGGAAAAAAAACAAAAGUGUUUCAUUUGAAAUGCUACAUAUAUUUUCUUUUCUUUUUUUUUUCUCGGUUUGUCCACAAAUUAAAUAGUCAGUAGCAACAA